CCAGGUUUUACCCCAGCUUCUCCCCUCCCCACUGCUUGAUGAGGUCAAGCCUCACCUUGGCUGCAACGGCGGGUUCGUAGAAUCACCCUCUGCGAUCGAGUCUGUUCUUGCGAAACCUGGUUGCCGUGCACAUGGCCUGACAAUCUUGCCGCCAUCUCACGUGGGUGACAGCAGGUACUUGAGGGCCUGAAGACCCUGCGGAUUUUCCUCGUCGUGACUGCCUGCUGUUGACUCCACUCAACUCACGCUUAAUGCUCGAAUCUUUCGUUCAGUCCACGACCUGAUCGGCAUUACCAACUUACCAAUCGCUAAUCAGCAUCUCUAUCGUAUCACAAAGCGAACAUGGGGUUCCUCAAGAGACCCACACUGCGCAGUCGCGAUGACCAGAGGACGCGCGCUGCUGAACUCACCUUGCGCGAGUCCAUCUACCCGCUCUGCCUCGUUACCAUUCUAUUCUUUCUCUGGGGAUUCUCGUACGGCCUCAUCGAUACCCUCAACAAGCAUUUCCAAGAUGUCCUUGGCAUAACGCGCGCUCGCUCGUCAGGCUUACAGGCAGCAUACUUCGGCGCGUACCCACUCGCUUCCCUCGGUCAUGCCAAUUGGCUUCUGCGCCACUGGGGCUACAAAGCAACCUUCAUCUGGGGUCUGACUCUAUACGGCGUCGGCUCUCUUCUUGCCUGGCCCUGUCUUGUAUACCGUUCGUUCGGGGGCUUUUGUGUAGCCAUCUUCGUCAUCGGUAAUGGACUCGGCUCGCUAGAGACAGCAGCUAACCCUUACCUGGCUGUUUGUGGACCACCAAAGUAUUCGGAGAUCAGGAUCAACAUCGCUCAGGCUUUCAAUGGCAUUGGAACUGUGGUAGCGCCAGUUCUAGGGUCAUAUGUCUUCUUCAACAACGUUGGCACCGAUCAAGCAUCCCUUGAGAACGUCCAAUGGACUUACCUUGGCAUUGCAUGCUUCGUCUUUCUCCUUGCGAUUGUAUAUUACUUCACGGAGAUACCCGAAAUCACUGAUGCCGAUAUGGCUUUCCAGGCUGAAAGUACUCACGCUGGUACCGACGUAAAGCCUUUCCGCAAACAAUACCGCCUCUUCCAUGCGACAUUCGCUCAGUUCUGCUACACUGGCGCCCAGGUGGCGAUAGCUGGAGCAUUCAUCAACUACGUCGUCGAGACACGGGUCAUAAAUGGCCGCGAGACAGACAACUCGACAGCAGCUCGGUUCCUUGCUGGUGCGCAGGGCUGUUUCACCAUGGGUCGCUUCAUUGGCAGUGCCUUCAUGAAGUUCGUUAAGCCACGAUGGGUGUUUCUCGUGUUCAUGACGUUAUGUAUCGUCUUCAUCAUCCCGUCCAUUACCGAGCGAGGCAAUACCGGCAUGAGCAUGCUUUACAUUGUGCUCUUCUUUGAGAGUAUUAUAUUCCCAACGAUUGUUGCGCUCGGCAUGCGCGGACUGGGCAAGUACUCAAAAAGAGGCUCGGGCUUCAUCGUAGCCGGUGUAUCUGGUGGUGCUGUUGUCCCUCCAUUACUGUUCGGAGCGAGCGAUACGCUAGGGAAGGCUAGGCCUCUGGAGGGAUAUGCGCCCACCGCCGUCGCCAUGACAGUUCCGAUGGCAUUCUUUAUUGCGGCGUGGAGUUACGCUUUCUGCGUCAACUUUGUGCCAGCCUACCGUAAUGUUGCCGACAAAUUUUCAACUGCUGAGAUUGGCAUCAACAAUGCGCAUGCGAACGAUCCGGAGCGCCAGAUGGAGAGCACGGAUGGUGGUGUACUUGCUAAGGAGGAGUCGCCAACUCAUACGGAGGCGGUCGAUAUCGACAGAAAGACAUAGGAUGAUUCUCUUAUCGAAGUGGAAGAUGAUGAGGAAGCGAAAGUGGCUGCAAAUGGAACUGAGGACGAUGGAGUAGAAGUUAUAGCUGCCGAGAAUGCUUAAGUAGAUCAUGGGUCUUGAAUUCAUCACGAUUUAACUUCCAAAGGGAAGAGAAGAGAUUUACUUAGUAUCAUUUCAAAUUGUGAAGGCACGGUGAACACCCAAUAUCCUACACUCGAAAUCCCGUCCCUCACCGUGCACCAUCUUCAUUGCGAUUCUGUCAGGCGCAAUACCAGCCAUCAGAGAAUACGAAAUACCGUAAGUGCCCUGUACGCACUGACAUAACAUUUCACCUUUGUCUCAUUCUCCUUCCCUCAUUUCUUGAUCCUCGUCUUCACGUGACCUGUUCUCAUCUGAGUCAUCAACUAAGAUAGAAU